AAAAAUGUUCAUUGGCUGAUCCCAAGUGCAAGAAGGUACAUAUAUAUUCAAAUGUCAUUCUGUUUCAGAGCAAUAGUAUUUGACCAUGAUCAUGUUCAGGACAUUGUGUGUGGUGCUCCUAGUCUUCACCAAAGGAUGCCUCUCACAGCUGGAUGUCUGUGGCAAAGCUAAACUUAACACCAAGAUCGUAGGAGGACAGGAUGCUGUUCCUGGGUCUUGGCCUUGGCAAGUCAGUCUGCAAGUGAAUGGAGGACAUUUCUGUGGUGGAUCCCUUAUCAAUAAUAGAUGGGUCCUCUCUGCAGCUCACUGCUUUGGAAGUUUCACAUAUGAUCAAGUGACUGUAAAACUGGGGCUGUAUACUCUGGCUGGAAGCAACCCUAACAGUGUGUCAAGAUCCCUCACUGCGGUCUUUGUACAUCCAGACUACAAUAAUCAAACGAUGGAUAACGACCUCUCCUUACUGCAGCUAUCUUCUGCUGUAUCAUUCAGUAAUUAUAUCACUCCAGUCUGCCUGGCUGCAACAGGGAGCACUUUUAACAAUGGCACCUUCAUAUGGGUUACUGGCUGGGGAGACAUCGGUGUUGGAGUAAGUCUACCAUCUCCUGGGACACUACAGGAAGUUCAGGUCCCAGUUAUUGGAAAUAGACAAUGUAACUGUUUAUAUGGAGUUGGCUCUAUCACCAACAAUAUGUUGUGUGCUGGAUUAUUGCAAGGGGGCAAGGACUCUUGUCAGGGUGACUCUGGAGGUCCACUGGUCAUCAAACAAGGCCCUCGGUGGAUCCAGGCUGGCAUUGUGAGCUUUGGUAAUGGAUGUGCUCUCCCAGAUUAUCCUGGUGUGUACGCCAGAGUUUCUAAUUAUCAGAAUUGGAUCACUCAAACAAUCAUCACAAACCAACCUGGCUUCAUCAAAUAUACAUCAAAUGGCACUGAAAGUGAUCUGCAGGUGACCUGUAAGGACUUGCCCCCUGUUUCCACAACUGUUCCCCCAACUACUGUACCGCCUGUGGUAUGUGGAAGUGCCAAGCUCAAUACUAUUUCAGGUGGAGCAGGCAGCCCCUUGGCGUCAGCAGGUACAUGGCCAUGGAUGGCCAGCCUGCAAUUUAACGGUACUCACAUUUGUGGUGGAACACUGAUAGCUCAACAGUUUGUCAUGAGCUCAGCUGAUUGCUUCUCUAGGUCAGCCAAUCCCUCUGAUUGGACCGUGAAACUGGGUCGGCUCAAUCAGAACGGCUCCAACUCCAACGAGGUCUCUGUCGCAGUGAUUAAUAUCAACUUUAGCACAAGUGCCAGCAAUAACAUAGCAGUGCUGAAGUUGUCUACCAUUCCAGCUCUUUCCAACUUCAUCCAACCCAUAUGUGUGAACCUGGGAACCACCAACUUCAGCACUGAUACUAAGUGCUGGGCAGCUGGCUGGGGCUCAGGAGGAGGAGCUCAACAAACCCUUCAGCAGUUCAACACGACUAUAGUCGAUUGUGGAACUGCAUCUUCAUCAAACACCAUCUGCAUAUCAGCCAUACCAUUAGAACAGACUGAAAGAGGGGGUCCUCUAAUGUGUAAGAUUGGGCAGACAUGGAUCCAGGCUGCAGUCUUAACCCUAACCAACAACAUUGCCAACAGCAUCACUAAUUCCACCGACAGCUCGAACAGCACCACUAACUCCACCAACAGCUCAAACAGCACUAGUGGUUCCAAUAAAGACUUGCCAGUUACCCCUCGUGCCACAAAUGUACAGGCUUUCACUUUGACAUCUACCUUCUCAGGUUUCUUGCAGGCUACAGUGGGUACCUUCCCUCCUGCUACAACAUCAAGCAACACACCAUCAUCUUCAUCGUCAUCUUCCUCUUCAUCAUCAUCAUCAUCAUCUUCUUCUUCCUCUUCCUCCUCCUCUUCAUCAUCAUCUUCAUCAACAUCUUCAUCUCCAUCUUCAUCCCUUUCAGUUGUCUCAGUCCUUCUACUGUCCCUUCCUGCAAUUAUCCAAACUUUUGGUUUAGAAUAAGCAUCCCUAAUAAGCCAAUAUAUCAUUCAGAAAAAUUACACUUCAUUACACUUCAUCUUAAUUCAUCUUUUUUCACUUUAUUUGGUUUUGGGUUUUUUUGCACUUUACCUGCAUGGUUUAAUGGUAUAAAUUCAGUGUAAAUAUAAGCAGCCAUCCACCUUUGUAAUACGGUUUUCUACAGUAUACUAAUGUAUGUGGAAUUAAACAGUUAAUCCUCUACUCUAAGCAUGUUUAGCUUUCAUACAGUAUGUUGUAACAAUUGCUAAUGAAAUUCUGUUUUAUAGAAUUGUUCUUUCUGGGCAGUUAAAUCAGUGGAUUGGUUUUGUGUGGUGCAAAUGUAGCAGAUUAUAUUUUAUUUUACAUUUACUGCAUUUUACCGGAAAACUAUAGGGAUACACUGGUAAAAUUACACUAAACAUAUAUAUAAAGUUAUCGUACUUUGUGAUAAUUUUGUCGUAUGAUUAUUUACUGUGAAAUUUAUAGUGAUGCAAACAAAAGGUAGUAAAUGUCAGUAAAUGUUACCCUUUUUCUUAUAAUUAUGAUUAUGUGAGAGAACAAAAUAAGUUAAUGGGUUUAAAUUGGCAGUAAUUCAACUGGGCUGAUUGGGCUUAAAUGGGCUGAAUUUAAAGAUUUUAACAGUUUACAAUUUAACAGCUUUAUCAGUAAUUCCUGCUAAAUUCCUACUAAUUUUUUUUUACAAAUGACCAAUUAUUACAAAUUUAAACAGUGAAAAUAAACCGUGUACAGGCUGAGUAUAUGUUGAAAGUUACAGUAUAGCUUUUUUAUUCAGUAUUCUACUACAGGUUUACUUAACAGUAGUGCUAGAACUGCAAUGUUUUCUA